AUGGCAGCGGUAGCGGAAUCCAUGGCGACUGUGCUGGCAGCACAGUCCGCCUUCCAAGUUAUCAGCACACUACAAAUGUUGUCCUAUAUGUUCCCGCAGUCGGCUGAUGUACAAGACGGCGCGGAAUACGACUUUGUGAUAGUGGGCGGCGGUACGGCCGGAAGCAUCUUGGCGAACCGUCUCUCUGAGUAUAGAGAGCUUAGCGUGCUUCUGAUAGAGGCGGGCGGUGAUCCACCUCAUGAAACACUACUUCCAGGCUUGUUCGUGUUCUCACAAAACUCAUCGGGCGACUGGAGCUAUAAAACCGAAGAUGACGGAUUUACUGCACAGAACAACCGGAACCCACACGUCAUAACAUCUGCGGGCAAAAUUGCCGAUCCCCUUGACUCGCCGAAGAUUUACACUGGAUUUUUCUCCGACGAAAGCGAUCUGGACAAGCAAGCGGCCUGCGUGGAGGACUACGUUCGAGUCGUGAAUACUACGGUGUACCGGAAUGCGGGCGCGAGGGCGACCAGGUUCAAUCUGACGAACUGCGCCGACCUGGUGUUCGGAAGCAGCGAGUACUGGAAGUGCUACGUGCUGAACAUGAUGGACACUACGUUCCACUACGGCGGCACCUGUGCCAUGGGCGCCGUGCUCGACUCCCGGCUGAGGGUGAACGGUGUCGACAGUCUGCGCGUGGUGGACGCGAGCUCGAUGCCCAACAUAUCCAGUGGGAACAUCAUCGCCGCCGUCAUGGCGCUCGCCGAGAGGGCCGCCGACAUCAUCAAGCAGGAUUACGCGUGUGCCGCC